UAUGAUUUCAUCGCAUCCCAUCGCUCUCAGUAACGAACAGCUCCAAGUCACUGUGAAGUUUCCACCGGAGGAGGGCGCAGUCUGCACUGACCGCAUCCACUAAGCAUUGUCUCCAACUCUUAAAUAUUUUUUCUCUUCCCCGCAAAACAAUUUGGCACCAGAAGCCUUCCACAUUCACAAUCCUUGCCAUUUCCACAACCUCAGCCGGUGGUCCUCUCUCGCUAUGGCGUCUGCCUACAAGUCAGCCAUGCGGUCAGGCGACGCUUCUGACUCCGACGAAAGCGGUUCAGUUGUAUCUGCAGAGAGUAGCUCAACCCUGCGUGCUGAAUCGUCUAGCGGAGAGGAACGUGCCCAAAGCCAGAAAAAGAUGAAUGAUCUCUCUCAACUGCCUCCUGAGAUUCGGAAUCGAGUUCUGAUGCUCACUUCCCGUGGAGUCUCCUACAGACACCGGCAUCUGUUAAAUGACCUCCAUGUCCUGCUUCCUCAUACAUACAAAGAUACAAAGCUCGAUACAAAAUCUUCCAACAACUACAACUCCGCGCUCAAUGGCCUCGCUGACCUCCAUUCCUGCAAUUACGUCUUCUUCCUGGAAGCACGGAAACACGGUCAAGAUCUGUAUCUGUGGCUCGCACGUGCUCCCAACGGACCCACGGUCAAAUUCAGCGUGACCAAUGUGCACACGAUGGCCGAGCUAGGGUUCGGGGGGAAUUGCUUAAAAGGUGGGCGAGGCGUCGUGGUCUUUGACAAGAGUUUCGAUGAAGAGAUUCCGGGCCAGGAAUAUCGCUCGCUACUACGGGAGAUGUUCAGGGGGGUAUUUUGCGUCCCGCCAAAAGGUGUACGCGGCAUGAAACCCUUCAUUGAUCGUGUCAUCGGUAUUUACGGGCUCGAUGGAAAAAUUUGGAUUCGUGUGUACGAGAUUCGCGAAUCAGCACCAGACAAGACAGACAAGGAGCGUGUCAAAGGGGACGACGUGUCGCUGGUUGAGAUUGGGCCUCGACUUGUCCUCACUCCAGUCGUUAUUCAGGAAGGCAGCUUUGGGGGCCCGGUAAUAUUCGAGAACAAACAAUUCGUCAGCCCCAAUGCUCUCCGAGCCGAGACGAGAAUGCGCAGAGCCAACAAAUAUGCAAGUCGAAGGGGUGGUGCUGAAGAAUUAGCGGUCAAGCGGAAAACCUUGAGUUUGAAUACGGGAGCGAAGAGAAAGAGAUCCGCACUCGACAACACUAAGCUGUUUGGAUGAACAAGACCGUUUGCAAGUCUGGUAUGAUACCAGCAAGAGGAUGAGCCGGGCCAAAAGUUCCAACCAAAAUUUCUUCAACACGGCGGCUCUUGCUAUUGUCACAAAAGAACAGAAUCCAAGGAAGGUAAAAAGUGCAGAAGUGCUCUGUGGACUUAUCGCAACGAACUUCACAUAUCCGCGCGCAGAUCUGAAUCUGCCGGAUCGAACACCUAAACCAUUCGUGAAAUCUCACGAUGCGCCAAAAGCACUCUUCUGGUCACACCAAGCUACCACGGUUGUGGAAUGUCUUCUAUCAUAUGGUGACGUUGAAUUUUCAUCACCAUUCAUGAACCGGAAGCUUGAAUUCAGACUUCUGGAAGUCUUGCCGUCCUCGGGCACAGGACUUGUCGGGCGCCAGAAGUCAUGGAAGUGAUGUGCGCCUCCACAAGCGGAGGAAAUUCUCCUCUGAGGAGGCUCAGGGUCAUUGAUUUCCAAUCUGGGGGAGAGUGAUUCCACGCUGUGCGCACCCCCUGCUUGAGCGAGCCAGCUCACCUGCAGUGGAUCUUUGUCUUGCCGACCUAUUUUUGCAGUCGGCCUUUCCAAUGAGCGUCCUUCGGAUCCGGGAGUUUCUGGAGCCGAAGCACCAUUUGCAGGAAUAGAUUGAAAAUCUAUCCCGAUAUCUCAAUUCGGCCGAGAUGUCAGAGGUCACCGAUUAUCUCGACGUAGAGACGAUCUUGACCCGCAUCAAACUCACCUUUGAGCCCUUCACGUUCCCAUUGGUUUUAUUGAGCGACAUAGAGGAAAAAGGAAUUGAAGACUGUUCCGGGAAAGGUACAACGACACUUAAUAAUGCACGAAGUGCCCGUCAGUGUUCACGAUUCUGAACUUCCCCAAGAGCUGUCCCCAUUAUUAUGAUUGUGUCUUUCCCCUGGAUUUCUGCGGAGGGAGUUUGACAUGGCAUGGCAACAGACGUAUUGUCCUGGCUAUCACUGAAGCCUUGCAAGAGACGCCCGUGAUCCGUCAUAGUGCGAAACUUGCGUGCCUACAACUGCUGCCAUUGGGGACGAUGUGAGCACAAUGGUGAGCCUUGGACUCUUACCAGUUAGUCACGGCGUGAUAUCCCACGGGAAAUGCCAUGUUGUCAUCUAGUCGGCGCAGCUACAACAUUGUAGCCGUUCAGGCUACGCGCUAUACUCCGAACAGGCAUUCAAUCGACUGCUUGCAUCGGACGACGACGGACCAAAUGGCGGAAGCUGCGAAUAGAUCGGGCAACUGACUCACUAGGCUAGCCAUUUUUAGCUAUGUAUCGGGUGGGGCGCCUCAGACAAUAUGGAACAUGCAAUUCUUCAGCAAGUUUGACUAAUUCCAUGUAGACCUGCUCAUUGUCGGGUUCACGAUUAUACGGAAAUAUUCAUUAGCAACUGAUUCAUAAGCAGGGUACUACUAACUGCUCGAUUACUGGGGUAGAAGGAGGUCCCUAUGACCAUAACUAUCGUCC